AUGUUACCUCCUCAAUGUACAUUGCGCCGCCUGUUGCUCAACGCGAUCGGCGCGCAAAUUGGAAGUCGGAUGCUUUUCGCAGAUUCCGACCACGUGAGCGGUGAAGGUUGGUUUGUCUCCGAUCAAUAUGCUUUACGGAUGCGAAUGCCGCCCAGAUAA